AUGGCUUCAUAUUUGGAGGAUCUCGUGGAUUCGCUCAUCAGCAGCUCGGCACUGGUUGCCUAUUGGAAUUACAUCUUCCCGGUGCUGGUGGGCUUGUAUCUAGCCAUCUCGUUGUAUGACAAGCACCGGUACGGACGGAAUAAGAAGCUACGUAUUACCGAGGCAGCGAGUGGGCAGAAGGAUGGGAAGCUGGACGGUAUCGAGUACGUUGGAGAGCUGGAACACGCUGAUUACGAUCCGAUGCCGGCUUUGGAGGAAAAGCCUCACAUUCCGUACGCCGGUGCUACCGUCACACUGGCGAAGGAUCCUCUGGAAGCGGCUGACCGGUUUUAUGCGAUCGCGAAUGAUCGACGAAGUGUGCGCAAGUUUAGCUCCCGGCCAGUAGAGGCGGCCAUUGUCGAGCGGUGUAUCCAGGCAGCGGGAACGGCACCGAGCGGGGCCCACACGGAACCGUGGACGUUUUGUCUCGUGUCAGAUGCGACCAUCAAAGAGAACAUCCGGGAAAUCAUCGAAGCGGAAGAGUUCGUCAACUACACGCAACGGAUGGCGAAACAGUGGGUGACCGAUUUGCGGCCGAUUCGGACGAACCACGUCAAGGAGUAUCUGACCGAGGCGCCCUACCUGAUACUGGUGUUCAAGCAGACGUAUGGCUACAAAUCCGCUCCGGGAGGGGAUGAUGCUGGCGGUGCUGCGAAAAAGCAGCAUUAUUACAACGAAAUCUCGACCUCGAUUGCGACCGGAAUGCUGCUGUGUGCAUUGCAAAGUGCUGGGUUGAGUUCGCUCGUGACGACACCGCUGAACUGUGGACCUGCCCUUCGAUUGCUGCUGGAACGGCCUCCGAACGAGAAGCUGCUUGUGCUGUUGCCGGUGGGCUAUCCGGCGGACGACUGCACGGUGCCAGAUCUGCACCGGAAACCGCUGAACGACAUUCUGGUACGGUACUAA